AUGGACAAUAACGAAGAACAUUAUGAAGUAGAAUAUGUUUUUGGAAAAAGACUUGAUAGAGGAAAUGAAGUAGAUUAUGCAGUUAAAUGGCUUGGAUAUGAUAAAAAACAUCAUACUUGGGAACCAAUUUCUAGUUUCAGUUCUGCUUCCUUACUUUUAAUCGGGUAUACAUCGUUUUAUAUUUAUAUUUCAGUCGAUUCGAAAGAUAUUUAGCAUAUAAAAAUUAUUACAAAUUGAUUGCCAAAAAAAUAGAAAAACUUAAAUAACCUAAAAAACCAGAUGAACCUAUUAGAGUACAUAUUAGAAAUAGAUUCACUCAAGUAUUAAUCAAAGAAGCUGAAAUUAUUAAUAUUGAAUUAGAUACUGAUGAAAUUGUUUAAAAAAAAGAAACCUUAUAAAUCUAUGAUGAUGAUCCUGAUGUUCAAAUUGUCAGUGUAAAUUUCAAACCAAUUAAAUAAAGUGAAUCUAAGGAUCUAAAUAAAUUUAAAGUACAAAAAGUCUCUUAAACUCUUGAUUUCAAUCGAAUGAUGCAUAUUAGACAAUAAUAAUUUAAUCCUAUCAAAAUUAAUACCUAUAAAAGUAAAUAUAAAGUAGAAAAGGAUUAUUUAAAUGAAAUUAUUUUUGAAUAAAGAUAAAAAGAAAAAGAAGUCAACAUGUUUAAAUUUACAGAAAUUAAUGAUAGAUACGAAUCUAUAUCGCAAUCAAUAAUUCCAACACAGAGUUUUUAAUCAUAAAGUUCCAUUUGA